GGCCGCUCAGCUGUUCUCUCCUGCAGGGCCUUACCUGUUCCUCGCUCCAGUGCUGCACAGUCUUCCCGCGCUGGCUUCUGUGACAGCCGGGUGCCCACUGCGCAUGUGCUGCGCUUUGUCAGCAGUCUCUGGUCAUUCCCUGCACUGUCUGCAGUCUCUGGUCAUUCCCUGCACUGUCUGCAGUCUCUGGUCAUUCCCUGCACUGUCUGCAGUCUCUGGUCAUUCCCUGCACUGUCCGCAGUCUCUGGUCAUUCCCUGCACUGUCUGCAGUCUCUGGUCAUUCCCUGCACUGUCCGCAGUCUCUGGUCAUUCCCUGCACUGUGUCCGCAGUCUCUGGUCGUCUCCUGCACUGUGUCCGCAGUCUCUGGUCAUUCCUUGCACUGUGACCGCAGUCUCUGGUCAUUCCUUGCACUGUGUCCGCAGUCUCUGGUCAUUCCCUGCACUGUGUCCGCAGUCUCUGGUGGUAUCUCCUGCACUGUGUCCGCAGUCUCUGGUCAUUCCCUGCACUGUAUCCGCAGUCUCUGGUCAUCUUCUGUACUAUGUCCGCAGUCUCUGGUCAUCUCCUGCACUGUGUCCGCAGUCUCUGGUCAUCUCCUGUACUGUGUCCGCAGUCUCUGGUCAUCUCCUGUACUGUGUCCGCAGUCUCUGGUCAUCUCCUGUACUGUGUCCGCAGUCUCUGGUCAUCUCCUGUAUUGUGUCCGCAGUCUCUGGUCAUCCCCU